AGAAACAGAGUCGCGUUGUUGAAGGUGUCUUCUCUUCUGACUGAACACCACGCUGCGUCUCUGAGUCUCACAGCUCCACCGCUGCUGCUCCCGCGGAGGGAAAACAGCGCAGUCUAUUAACACUGUUACACACAAAGUUCUGACAUUACAUUCACUCAGACCCGAGCUCAGCAUGACUUUCAGGAGGCUGAAAAAAGUCAACUCCAGCGGUCCAGACUCUGGAGCCGCCGCAUCUCAAGACAACGACAUUUAUUUCCCCUCGUCAAAGUCAGACAGCUGCAACACCAACAGCAACAACACCAACUCUUCCGAGGUCUACAACCACAGGACUCUGGCUUACUCUGGAGGCACGCUGCCCAGGAACUACAAAAAGGGAGGCGAGCUGCAGAAGUGGAAACCCCAAACACAGGCACUGGAACCACAAAGGAAGGUCGUGGUUUUGGAGAAAAAGGAGGAGGAGACAUUUGGCUUUGAGAUACAGACAUAUGGGCUCCACCAUCAGGAGCAGAACUCAGUGGAGAUGUGUACAUUUGUGUGUAAGGUGCAUGGAGACAGUGCGGCCCAGCAAGCAGGACUUAAAGUUGGGGACACCAUCGCAAGUGUCAACGAGACCUUCGUGGAGGGAUUUCGGCACAAAGAGAUUGUUCAGCUCAUCAGGGCCAGCGGCAACACAAUCAGGCUGGAGACGCUGUACAGCGACUCCAUCCGGAAAGCGGAGCUAGAAGCGCGGCUGCAGUAUCUGAAGCAAACUCUUCAUGAGAAAUGGGACGAGUAUCGGUCGCUGGUGGUGCAAGAGCAGAGGCUUGUUCACGGUAUAGUAAUAAGCGAUGCUGCAGUGUACGAGUCCCUGGAGUCAGCAGGUGUGUACGGCAGCCUUGGAACCCCGAGCCCCGCCGCUCAGAGAGCGCUCCGCGGCACUGGCAGCACCAGCAGCAGCGCCAGCUUCCUCAGCACGGCCACCGAGGACGACCCGCUCUAUCAGACCUGCCUGUAUCAGGCCGACGGCAGCAUGGACUCGGACAGCGGCAGCACGGGCAGAAAGAAGGAGCAGCUGCAACUACCGCCGAGGCUGCAGCGUCUGCGGCCGACCAGCGAGUUCUUCUCGAUGGCCAAAACGCAGCUGACCCGCAGUGCCAGCACGCGCAGCUACAUGAGAGGAUCAGGGUCGCAGUCGUCGACGUUGCCUGCCUCGGGCGAGAAGCAGGGAGGAUUCAACUCGCUGCAGAGGAAGCCCAAACAGAAAAGCUUCCGCAGGCGACUCCUCAAAUUCAUCCCCGGACUGAACCGACCGAUGGAGGAAGAGGAGAGCAAACUGUGACGUGAGCUUCUCACUGCAGGACGAGCACAAACUGAACCAAAGAAAAGACAGGAAGCCAUCUUAAAGAGACUGAGACCAAAGUGUAAAAAAGCACUGCAGUUGCACCUCUUCCUGUUAGAAUAGGUAGACAAAUGAACAUCUGGCUACAUUCUGUAGCUUCCCUUGCUUCACGGCUGUACAUAACUUUUGUUUUUCAUUUCUUGUUUAAGUUAUUUAUUUAUUUUUGUUUGUUUUUUGUACAGAAUUAAGCAUUUUUACUGCAUGCAAGGCCCCUUUUUUGACAGCUGAAUAAACGUGCUGUUGUGAA